AUGAAUCGAGACAACAGAGACAUGACCGGGCAGCCUUUACCGGAAAAGUUUGAACAAAGUGGUGUUUUAAUAUAUCCUCUUUCUUUCUUUCUUUCUUUCUUUCUUUCUUUCUUUCUUUCUUUCUUUCUUUCUUAUACCCACGUUUCCUCUUUCUUUCUUUCUUUCUUUCUUUCUUUCUUUCUUUCUUAUACCCACGUUUCCUCUUUCUUUCUUUCUUUCUUUCUUUCUUUCUUUCUUUCUUUUACCCACAUUUCUUCUUCCUUUCUUUGUCCAGAUAUUCUUUCAUUAUUUAAUUCUUUAUUUCGUCUACAUGUAUUUUUCCUUUCUUGUCCUCAUAUUCUUUCUUUCUUUGUCCAAAUAUUCUUUUUUCCUUUCUUUGUGCAAAUAUUCUUUUUUCUCUCUCUCUCUUUGUCUACAUUUUCUCUAUCGUCCCCUAUAUCCGGGUUACACUGUACUAUCUUUUCUGUAAAAUACUCUUUCUUUGUUCUACUUCACUCUAUUACUCGUUCUUUCUUUUUUUUUUCUUUUCCUUUUUUUUUUCUUUUUUCUUUCUUUUCUUUUCUUUUUUUUUCUUUUUCUUUCUUUUUUCUUUUUUUCUUUCUUUUCUUUGUUUCUUUCUUUUCUUUUCUUUCUUUUUCUUUUUCUACUUUCAUUUUUCUUAAAUCUUCUUUUUCGUUUUUUCUUUCUUUCUUUGCUUGUUUCUUUCUUUCUUUCUUUCUCCUUUUUCUUUUUUCUUUCUUCUACUUCCCUCAUUUAUUCUUAAAUCUUCUUUUAUCGUGCUCUCUUUCUUUCUUUCUUUGCUUGUUUCUUUCUUUCUUUCUUUCUUUCUUUCUUUCUCCUUUUUUUUUCUUUCUUUUUCCUCAUUUAUUCUUAAAUCUUCUUUUUAACUUCCCUCAUUUAUUCUUAAAUCUUCUUUUAUCGUGCUCUCUCUUUCUUUCUUUCUUUGCUUGUUUCUUUCUUCCCUUUCUUAAAUCUUCUUUCUCUUUCUUUUUUUUUCUUUUUUCUUUCUUUCUUUCUUUUCCUUUUUCUUUUUUUUUCUUUCUUACUUCCCUCAUUUAUUCUUAA